GGCGUCGCAGUGUAAAGUUUUCUCUCGCUGAUGUGUUUUGUGCCCCUUCUUGCGCAAUUUGAUACAGCUUCAAGAUGUCCAUCUCGGAGUCGGUAGUGUCAUCUGCAUUGUCGUCACAAACCCUUCCGCCACUCCCGCUCGCGCACGUGCGCAGCAUGCCUCCGCAACGUCACCCAUCGUUGCCCAGCAGGCCACGAAAAAAUCGAAUGCGCACCGCGGUUGCAAGUGGUGUAGUCAACUUUUGCUUGCUUGCCCAGCACCAUCGCUUGCCUGCCAACGCGGCAGACCAGUCGCCGCACUGCCAGCACUGGGCCAAAACGGGGGAAUGCAAAAACCGGCGAAAGUACAUGUGGUCCGCGUGCCAAGACGCCUGUUCGGAGCACGCCCCGGACACGCGCGACGAGGAGGGCGAAGACGAGCACAGCAGCGCGCCAACCUCCCUUGCGGGAGAUGAUGAAGGCGAUGUUGGCGAUCCGGAGAAGCAAGACAAGAACCCGCACUGCGCAGCGUGGGGAAAGGCGGGCGAGUGCACGAAAAGGAAGAAGUACAUGUGGGCCAACUGUCGAGCUACGUGCGGGAAAAUUCUCGGGGACACGACAGGUACGGAACAAACUGGAACCACGACCACACCCGCACCAGAAGUCGUGGAAAAAACGUCCACUACGCCGCCCCCGACACCGGUGGAAGAAGAGACGACAACGACGACGUCGACGACAGCAACUACUUCGGCCGAGACGACGACUUCUACUCCCACUACAAGUAGUACAACAAGCAGUACUACAACUGCAAGCACGACAGAAGCGGUUCCUUCCAGUACCACAGAAUCCCCCCCGUCGUCAUCCACAUCCUCUUCGACAACGAGCACAGUAGAGACCACUUCCGCUCCCGAAGAAAAAGAGUCCGCGGCAACUGCCACUCCGCCUCCUGAUGGCACAGAACAACCGGUGGGACGAACACCAAUGCAGGAAAACGAAGAGCAGGAAGAGGCCACGACAACCACCACCACCACCUCAACGACCACGACAACCGAUCCCAGCGAGGAGAUCAUUCUCUCUCCCGUCGCGGACUACGCGAAAAUGGAAAAACUUUCCGAAGAAGACUACAACUCGGACUUGAAAACGCACGAGCGCAUGUACGAGGAGAUUUUGGCAAAGCUGAACAAGGUGGAAACCCGGGAUAUCAAAUGUAAAAAUGUCUGGGUCUGGAAACUUGUAGUGCUAAAAAUUAAUGAUAGCCGCACUGCAGUACGCAGCUAUGCAUGACAAAUUUUUUGGCUGCCAUGUCUUACGUAUUCCGCAUGGCAAACUGCGUUUUUGCAUGACAGGUAAGAGGGCUUCUUCGUGCCUAUGCAACACAGAUUCUCGAAUCAUGCCAGACAAGCAUGACAAACUUGCAUUCUUCCAGACCCAGACACUUUUGCAUUCGAUACGGGACACGGACGACCUACUCGCGGCCGUGAAUGCAAGUCUGAAGAGCGACGAAAGUGCGGACGGCAGGAAAACGAGCGGGAGCAAGGUGAAGACGGGCCGGGAGCUACUCGACCAGCAGUUGAAAACCGUUCCGACAGUGAAUCAGAUGAGAACCAAAUUCGCGAACAUCAACGUAUUAUAUAGAAUCACUAGGCUGUUUUCAAAAACGUAGGAACGGCCCAAUGGAGGUUCUGUUGCACGAACCCUUGUCUGAAAAUACUAAGCCGCAACUGCGGCGCGCGCGAGCGGAAUAAGUGAAUCAAGCCUCGCCGUUUAUUUCUAUUUUCAGAAGUGUGCGCACACAUGACACGUUUUGACUUCAACUUAUCAUCAGGCCCGCGCCGCACAAUUCGAAGACAAGACCGAUAGUCCUUUCGGCGGUGAGCUCGACGAGAUGAUCGCAUAUGGAUUUUCUUCACUCGAUAUGGAUUGCAAAAAUGUCUGGGUCUGGAAGCUUGCAACUUGUCAUGCUGUUUUUGGAUUCUAGGAAAAUUUGUAUUGCAUGACCAGCAAGAGGGGUCCAGUUUGUGCUACGCGGACAGGGCAUUUCUCAUGCGGAAGGCGCAUCAGGAAGCCCUCUAAAAGUCUGUGAUGCGAGGUCAUGCAUUACAGGCAUCAUGGGUCAUGAUAAAUAUGCAUCACAAAUCUCGGAAUCUUCCAGACCCAGAGAUUUUUGAAAUCCAUACUCGAUGACACCGUUCAGAAAGGCGUGCAGAAUCACCUGCUUUGCUACGCCAAGGGUGUCGACGGAGAAGGCAGGUGCCGGAUCAUCAAGACGCAUGCCGGUAUGUACUUUUUUGUGCGCAAUCGAAAUCAUGUUUUUGCUAGAAGAUGCGCAGCUCCCCCCGCGUGUCCACUAAAAUGAUCCAAACUUCGUAUACCAGGGCGUUCCCGCAACGAGCUUGUGAAGGGCGAUAGCACGCUGUUCGGCGUGGACAAAAUCCGUAGUCUGAUGCUGAAACCAAUCGCGAUGCCUGGUUUCUUCCUGUUGUGUCACGACAGCUCGGCGCAGCCUGGCUGCAUGAUUUUGGAAGUCAAAAGCGCGCCGGCCCCCGCCAGUGCGGAGGGAAACGGUAAGAGGACAAGUAGAAUUGCUACAUACUUUGCGUAGAACUUCUACCUAGCUGUCGUCGUGGCUCUCAAGGAAAAGACAGCACCAACAUGCGUGAAGCUUUUCUUUUUGCAUGUUCUGACAAUUAAACAAUUCAAUCCAGAUCCACCCUCUAGCGACGUCGAGCCCUGGCCUCUGAUCUCCUAUCACACCCAGCCCCCGCAAUCGCGGUUCCAAUUGGCUGCUGCCACCGUUUCGAAACUCCUGUCUCUGAUUGUAACCAGACCCCCCGUGCAUACCGACCUGCGCGUCGCCCCCGCGGAGUUUGCCGUGUGCUACAAGACCAUGAAAAACAAGUUUCAGUGUGAUCAGGGCACUAUCAAAUGCAAAAGUGUCUGGGUCUGGAAGAAUGCACACUUGUCAUGCAUAUUUUGUAUGAUGAUUGAUGCCUCCAAUGCAUGAUCUAGCAACACAGAUUUUUAGAGGGCUUCCUAAUGCCUGUUCCGCAUGAGAAAUGCCCUCUCCGCGUAACACAAACUGGAGUCCUGUUGCUGGUCAUGCAAAACAGAUUUUUUUGGAAUCCAAAGACAGCAUCACAAGUUGCAACCUUCCAGACCCAGACACUUUUGCAAUCCAUAGGCACGUUUGAUGAUCGCGACCCGCUGUCUCUGACGCGUCGCGGUGAGGAGGAGGUGGUGGUCGCGGGCGGGGUCACCGACGGGCCAGGUACUAGCAGCAGCAGCUCCUCCGAUAAUGUUGCCAACGCGGAUGCAACACUGACGCAGGAUGAGAACACAAUAGCUGCAGGAGACGAAAUAAGAUCUGCUAAAAAUGCAAAUCCUGCGGCUGAUGAUAGCGCAACGCCACCUCCGCCUCCACCGAAGAAAAAGGAGGAGCUGUAGCUGUGCGGGAACGACGAGGAGGCAAUCACUUGCUUUUAGCGCAUUUUUCAUCUUCGCAAUCGCACUUCUUGACGUUGCCCUCGCCCUGCUGCAUCAUCACAUUGCAGCUUCUGUCAGAGUGGACCCCGGGGACUCGCUGUCGUGGUGUUGGUGAUCGGGGGAAAAUCGUCCACGGCGGUGAUGACAAUCUAGUUGCACUUUUCGCCACAAGCAAAGGGUAUUUACUCCUGAGAUGUUCUAGUUCUUUCUCGCAGCUCCAGCUCAAUUUAUGGCUGUUUCCCGAUGUCGCCCACAUCCUCCAAAUAAAGUUCUUGAGCGAUUUUUCGACCUGUCUUUAGGAUGGUCGUUUUUACUACUGGAAAUGAAUACUGCAUUGUGUACUUCUGUGAUUCAUGUGUGAAACGAAGAAACGCAGCGGAUUCUUAGAAGAUGGAGAUGCCUUUAUGAACGAGUAUGAUUCUGGUUUUAAUGUGUGUUGAGAAAAUAAAACCACAACCAAGGGAGAAAAAUGGAAGAGAUAGUUAGAACAUUUAAACAAGAUAGCAAACUACACGC